CACAAGCAUAUGGUAUAAAUGUUGACAGGCUCUGAUACAGUACAGUGAUUGAAAGAACACUGAAGAGGAAGGAUCACUUCAUCGACAGAAACGUGGCUGCCGGUUAUUGAAAUGAAUUUCACCGUUGAUUUGCAAUGUGGGAGGAACAACUAUGAACACAGGACCACUGAAAUCAGCACCAGCCGACUGAUAGUCAGGCGGGGACAGCCUUUCUAUCUCAUACUGCAGCCUUCCAGUGAUGAAUUUCUUAACACGGACACAUUAAUACUCAGUGCUGAGACAGGGCCAAAACCUUCAACAACAUCUGGAACCAAAAUAAUGCUUGAAAUAAAUUCAUUUAGUGUGAGCCUUUGGCGAGCAGAGGCUUUUAUCAAAGAAGGUAGGAUGGUUGUGGGCAUACAUCCAUCUCCAAAUGCCAAGAUUGGACGAUAUAACUUAUCUCUUCUAAGUUUGCAAGGACACCAAAUCAUAAGCUACAAAAUCGGGGAGUUCAUCCUCCUCUUCAAUCCAUGGUGUAAAGAGGAUGCAGUCUUUCUGGACAGUGAACUACAGUGUGAGGAAUAUGUAAUGAACGAAGAGGGGACCAUCUUCACUGGUACUAGUCAUUGUAUUCAACAGCGUCCAUGGUCCUUUGGACAGUUUGAAGAGGAUAUCAUAGAUAUCUGUCUUAAGGUGUUGGACAAUAGUAACAAAUGUCUAAAAUGUCCUGAAAGAGAUUACAUACGCAGAAAUGACCCCAUUUACAUCAGUAGAAUGGUGACAGCAAUGGUAAAUUGUUGUGAUGACAGAGGUAUACUCGAAGGCAGAUGGCAAGAGCCAUAUUAUGGAGGGGUGUGCCCAUGGAAUUGGAAUGGAAGUGUUGCCAUCCUUCGUGAGUGGAGCAAUCAUGGCUGUCAGAGAGUUCAAUAUGGGCAGUGUUGGGUGUUUGCAGCAGUCGCCUGCACAGUUUUUAGAUGCUUAGGAAUUCCUACUCGUGUUGUCACAAACUUUAAUUCUGCUCAUGAUACCAACGGGAAUUUGACAAUUGAUAAAGUGUGCGAUGAAUAUGGGAAUGAACUCAAAGGCCCAAAUGACAGCAUCUGGAACUUCCAUGUCUGGGUAGAAAGUUGGAUGGCACGAAAUGACCUGGUGGCAGGCUAUGAUGGUUGGCAGGUAUUGGACCCAACCCCACAGGAGAAAAGUGAAGGAAUAUAUUGCUGUGGUCCAGCUCCUGUCAAAGCAAUCAAAGAAGGGGCCUUGGAUAUGAAGUAUGACAUUCCCUUUGUAUUUGCUGAGGUCAAUGCAGAUAAAGUAACUUGGAUCCAAUUUAGUGAUGGCAGUAAAGAAAAGGUACAUGUUGAAACACAGCAUGUGGGUAAAAAUAUCAGCACAAAGACGUGCGGCAGACCCGAUCGUGAAGAUGUCACAGACAGUUACAAAUACAGAGAGGGGUCCUCUCAAGAAAGAGCAAUCUUUUCUGAAGCUGACUUCAGAAAUAGACGUAUUGCUCAGCCCACAAAAAAAUUGUUGGUCAAUGUGAAGGCUGAGGUAUCAAUAAAUAAUGGAUCUGAUAUUCAAGUUGGCAUAACCAUCUCCAACUGUAGUUCAGCAACAAUACACUGCAAUCUUAAUUUCAAUGCUCAAAUAAUGAAUUAUAAUGGACAACCACAGCACCGAAUUACUGGGAAGCAUUUCGACAACAUUGUUAUUCGAGGCAAUGCAGAUGAGCAUGUGGUUCUACAAGUGCCUUACUCAGACUAUGCUGAUUAUCUUGAAAAUCACCAUUUGAUCAGGCUGGCUGCUUUGGCAACUGACUUAGUCACACACACAUGUGCAUUAGAUGUGAAAGAUAUUUCUGUGAUCAAUCCUGAUGUCCACAUUCAGCUGCUAGGUAAUCCAGUUUUGAACAGACCAAUGAAAGCAGAAAUAAUUUUGACAAACCCUCUGAGCGUUUCCUUGUUCCAAUGUGUCUUCACCAUUGAAGGGCCAGGCCUAAUUAAUGGCAUGCAUCAGACAAAAGUUCGGGAGAUAGGACCGCAGCAAACAGCCAGACUACAGAUUGAAUUCACUCCCAUGAAAACCGGCCCGCGCAAGUUAAUGGUUGAUUUUGACUCUGUCAAGUUGAAGGAUGUGAAAGGAUUCAAAAACAUGACUGUCCAAAACUACUAAAUUGUUAAAUGUGAUUUACAUCUUAUCUACUGUGUCAUAUAUUUAUGCCAUUUCAGGAUAUAACUUCACUUUUUAGUAUUCUGUGCAAUCAGAAAUGCUUUUUCAUCCAAAUUAGUCAAGCUGUCAGAAACUAUAAAUAUCUCUAGGUUCACUCAUGGUUGUGCAUUUUUAAGAUGAUUAAUCUGUGAAAUGCCUGGGCAGAAUUUGAUCCCCAGCAUAGCCACUUUUGAAGCAAAUGUUAAAAUAUUCAGGGUGGCCCAUACUGGAGAAGGAUCCCUUGCACUUGAUGACAACCAAUAAUUUUAGAACUUGAACAACCUGUUCAGAGACACAAUUACACACCAUUGGAGCAGGUUGGACUUGGAGCCAGAUUUCAAGCCUCAGAAGCAGGGGCAUUACCACUGCAUCAGACGUGCCCUUUGAGCUUUUUUAUUAAGCAGUUGAGGGAGAUCACAAUGCUUGCCCCAAACCAUGAGAUUCCACUACAUGCUGUUUGUAUUUUGGCCUUUGGUUUGAUCAAAAAAUGAUUCAUUUUCUUGUAAUCAUGUCUUCAAAUGUAUCUUCUAAUUUGAACUCAAUGAAUUCUUUUGUUUCUGAUAUGAUUAUUGUGCAUUACUGUUUUCAGUUCCUGGGUAUAUGUUUUGAUUAUA